CACCGAGAGAGCCAUAGACUGCAAAGCUUCUGCACCAUCAAAAACACCAACUGUACGUCGUCGCCGCCGGCACAAUGUCGACAAUCAAGCCAAAGACAAUGCCUCCUUCUACCUCCCACGUCCUCCUUUCGUACCCGGCUGAUUAUGUCUUACUCGUCACCAUAAACCGUGAGAAGCAGAUGAACAGCAUCCCGUUUGCUGGGCACCAGGAGAUGGGUCAGGUGUUUGACUGGUUCGAUAAGGAAGACAACCUGCGGUGUGCCAUCAUCACUGGUGCUGGCAAGAAGAGCUUCUGUGCUGGACAAGACUUGAUCGAGCUGGGCAGGAUCAGAAGUGGGAAGAGCGACGUGAAUCCAGGCUUGAUGAGACAUCCUCUGAGCGGCUUUGCUGGUCUGAGCAGGAGAGCCGGCAAGAAGCCUGUCAUUGCUGCUGUCAAUGGCUUUGCGCUUGGUGGAGGCUUCGAGAUUGUGCUUGGCUGUGAUAUGGUUGUCGCUGCACCAAAUGCAACGUUCGGUCUUCCAGAAGCGUUACGAGGUAUCUUCGCGGGUGCUGGCGGUCCAGCACGUUUGGUCCGAAUCGUUGGCUUACCAGUAGCCUCUGAAAUGGCACUGACUGGCAUACCAAUCACCGCUCAACGAGCGAAGGAGUUGAACAUCAUCAACCGCAUAUCGCCGUCCCAAGAUACUGUUAUCGGUGAGGCAUUGAAGCUGGCGAAGGGAAUAGCUGCAAUCUCGCCAGAUGCGGCGAUUGUAACCAGAGCAGCUCUGAAGGACAGUCUCGAGCAUGGAAGCGUUGAGCGUGCCACACAGCUCACGAUUGAGCGUUACAACGAUGCAUUGCAGUCCGGUGAGAAUGCGCUCGAAGGCUUGACCGCCUUUGCGCAGAAGAGGAAGCCGGACUGGAAGCCUUCAAAACUGUAGGCUAUACGAGGACAGAUCAUCCAGCUUGAACGGCACUCUCCGUUCAACUUUUAAGAUGUACUUCUUCAAGGUACUCUUCGAACAUCGUC